AGAGCACUCACUAAAGAAGAUUAGGUCACUGACAGGAAGACUCCUAAGCGAGAAACUACAGUGAAGAAAACAGUAUAUUCUCCGACCUCCCGUAUUUCGGUAGAGCGGUUCUCCAUUGCCCACCUGUUCCCAUCCUUAUUCGUCAGCCUUCCCGAACCUCAUAUGCGGCUGGCAUCACUUAUCAGAAGAUCUCCCUUUCCGACGCUCGCCAUUCCGUGUCUUAGCUGAUCGAGUCUCUUCAAAGGCAGGCAGUCCUUAUCCCCAGAGCAGCGUGAUGGCCAGAAUUGACACCACUACCGUCUUCGAUUCCUUUAUCUCUACCACGGUUAAUGAGACCCUCAGAGCCAAUGAGAACACGACGAGGAACCGCGUCACCACUGCAGUGGGUGCGCUGAUCCUCAGCUUGACUUUCCUCAUCGGUGUCCCCGGCAACGCCUUCAUCAUCUGGAGCAUCCUGGCCCGGACCAGAAAGCACUCCAUCACCACCAUGCUCAUCCUCAACAUGGCAUUCGCCGACGGCUUCCUGAUGGCUCUCACCAUCAUCUUCAUCGUCUACCUGGCCAAGCGCAACUGGGUGUUCUGGAACGCCGGCUGCCAGCUGCUCUUCUACUUGUGCAACGCCAACAUGUACGCCUCCAUCAUGCUGAUCAUGCUGAUGAGCCUGCACCGGCUGAUGGCCGUGGUCUGGCCCCACCGCGAGAGCGCCUUCACCAGCAAGAGGAUCAUACGACGCCUGCUGCUAGGGUUUUGGAUCCUGGUGCUCGUGAUGGCGGUACCUGGCUAUGUUUUCAGAGGGAAGGCGCAGGUCAACGACACAAACGAGAGCACACGUGAGGAGUGUAUCCCUAUACACCCGAAAAGCUGGCAUCUGAUUUUCCACUACUUGUUCGAAACAGUGGUGGGCUUCGUGAUCCCCUACACCAUCAUAUUGGCCAGCUAUGUGUGCAUCCUGCGUCGGCUGAGGCAGACCAAGUUCCGUAGAAGGAUCCGGAGUGAGAAUCUCAUCCUGAUCAUCGUGGUGACCUUUUGCCUCUUCUGGCUGCCCUACCACAUUUUAAACGUGCUUCAGGUUGUAAUUGAAAUGUUUUGGCCAAAAAGCAGUUUUAAAGACACCGCCCAGAGCUGUCGUUUCAUUACCGCCUCGCUGGCCUUCGUCAGCAGCUCCGCCAACCCCGUGCUCUACACCUUCGCCGGCAAGUCCUACAUCCAUAAAAAUGGACUGUCCUUCAUGGCGAAGCUCUUCGAGGGCACGGCACUGGACUCCGAAAGCAGGAGGAAUCGGAAGGCUAGUCGGGAGCCCCGAGAUCUGGCUUUGGAGGAGAGGGAGGCUGACUCGUCCUCCACCAGUGCCAGCAUCAACACGGAGAAGAACAAGAUUUAGCCCGAGGCUGGUAACGGUGGUUUCUGCCCAUGCGAUGCAGAUCCUGCUCACACAAACAGUGCUUGCGAUCUUUUUUAAUUUUACGCCGUCGCUCCUCUCACAAGCAUUAACCCGAAUGCAUAUGUACUAGGGGUGUGAGAAUCUGUCGACCCAUUAUGGUGAAUCGGAUAUUAAGGUUGUGAUUCAAUCCAUCUGCCUGUAAAGGAGAAUCAAUUUUGGUGGGAAAAUAAACAUAAAACAAACGCCCUCGCGUUCACAUGCUGCGGCUAGACUAGGGUGACCAGAUAAUCCAUGUCAUCCCGGACACGUUUCCGAUGCAUCGAUUUCUUUCAUUAAUAAUCGGAAAUGAAUCCCUUCGGGAGCAACGAUUUAUACCCCUGUAAUAUGCACGUUUAUGCAGUUUAUGUCCACCAGGGGGUGACAAAAAUCAACAUACAGGCAGAUAGAAGUCAUGAUUAUCCAAUAGGAAUGCUCCUUACCUAAACCCUUAUGAUUAUCCAAUAGGAAUGCUCCUUACCUAAACCCUUAUGAUUAUCCAAUAGGAAUGCUCCUUACCUAAAC